UGGAAAUUGACUGGUAAUUAGGUUUAAUGGAAAAUUUUACAGAAGAUAAAGCUAAUUUUGGAAGCAUAAGUAAUAGAGUCAUGUUGGUUGUUGACGUGGUGAUCUUUUGCUUGGUCCUGGUUGUGUACCUAGCAGGGAGGGAUGAGCCUUGUUCAGCGAAUUUGGAAGAUUUAAUGCUGACUUAUUUGAUUUUUAAGGGCCUGUUUUGAAUUUACAGAUUCACGAUUUGGAUACUUGAUGGAAAUGUAUCUCAAGUUGGGUCUUACUGCUUAACUUGAUAUCUAAUCCUUUGGAUACCCUCAAUGGGGAGUUACUAUGUAGUUCAACUCCUUGAUUUCUUCAGAAGUGAUACAAAAGAUUGUAGAAAUAAUGCUUCUACGAAAUGGACAGGCUCUCUUAUAAUUGCAAUUGAAGGAAUCCUCUGACUCACUCUACUGCUUGGACUUCUUAUAGUUUUACUAGUAUGGGCUUCCUGGCUUGUUCUUAAGAGCUGCAAAAACAACCCUGAUCCAAAAUAUGAAGUUGACGCAAUGAACACUGCAAGAACUAUCAAAACAGGAAAGAUAGCUUCUCAUUACAACGUUGAUUCUCGAAUGAGUUUCUAAGAAUCAUCCCUAUUGUCC